CCCUUCUUCCUGUGUCUUACUUCUUCCCAGCAAAUCCGUUAGGUUAGGCAGAGUUGAGAGCCGAGAAUGAUCAUUCCGGUCCGUUGCUUCACAUGCGGGAAGGUCAUUGGAAACAAAUGGGACAAUUACCUUGAUCUUCUACAAGCCGAUUACACAGAAGGGGAUGCUCUUGAUGCAUUGGGUUUGGUUCGUUAUUGCUGCCGAAGAAUGUUGAUGACCCAUGUUGAUCUUAUUGAGAAACUUCUUAAUUACAACACUUUGGAGAAAGCCGAGGGAAGUUGAUGUGUGGGGGGUUUGAAGGGAAGUGGCUCUGCUUGGAGGUGUAUGUUGUAAUGUGAGGAUUUGGUAAUGCGGUUGUUGUGGAUUCCUCCUCCCAAUGUAUUUUUCACUCAAGUGGUUUGUGUAGUUUUGGAUUUCGUUUAGUUUGUCUCUCUGUUUCCAUAUUACUGGCACCUUAUGCACCCACUUAAACUACAUACAUUAUUCACCCCCAUUAACUAUGUGCAAUUUUUGAGGAUGCAUUUCAUAUUCUGUUUGUUUUAUUUUCCUUGUCAAACAUUAGUAAAAACAAUGUCUCUAA